CCUAGCCAACUCGUGACUCAGGCAGACUAACUUACAGUCCAUCCCCGCCCACGCAACCCGCCUUGUCAGAGCCGAGCAACCAUCCGCUCAUUUAUCUCAAUUGCAGUACUCUCCUCGCCUCGCCGUUGCCCUCCGGACAUGGCUUCGCAGAAUGAUUCCGACGUCUUUAGCGUUCGUAUAGUCUCUCUCGAUUACUACAUGUCGUCUCCGAUCCCAGACCUAGACUCCUGCAGCAGUUCCUUUCUAGGGACCAAGGUGGAGGAGGUUCCCGUUAUAAGGAUAUACGGAGCUACGCCGGCUGGACAGAAGACUUGCCUGCACGUUCAUGGGGCGUUACCAUACUUCUACGUACCUUUUCCUAAACACCUGUUGCAAAGUUCUGAAGAAGGCCAAGCAUUUAUUCAUACUCUAUCAGGUGCUAUGGAGAAAGCCUUAAGGAAUAAGAGCAUUUCUUCAUCAAAGAGGCAACAUGUGCAUGGUUGCAGCCUUGUUCGAGCAAAGAAAUUAUAUGGGUAUCAUUCAUCAGAGGAGCUGUUUGUGAAGAUCUUUAUAUAUUAUCCUCAUGAUAUUUCUCGAGCAGCUAGCCUUCUUCUGGAUGGCUCUAUUCUUGGUACAUCUUUCCAGCCUUAUGAAUCUCAUAUACCGUACCUCCUUCAGUUCUUGGUUGACUACAAUUUAAAUGGAAUGAGCCAUUUGCACACGUCAAAGGUCAAAUUCCGUUCUCCAUUAACAUAUUACUGUAAUGCUGCUUCUUUAAGGAACAAGAAUUUUGAUAUGCCACCAACUCUGAGUAGCAGCACUAGUGAUAAAACAAAAAUAUGGCUUCCUUCCACGGUACCAAGUUCUGCAGUCUGGCCAGAUUCUACUGGCUCGCUUGAUAGCAUUGAUAACAAGUGCAUCGACCUGAUUAGACGUCAGAGCAUCUGUCAGCUAGAGGUUGAUACAAGUGUUGAGGACAUCAUCAAUCAGAAUUUUAAAAUUUACACGUCCCUUUCUCAGACAAGUUUUGAUGUUAGAAUGGUUCAAUCACUAGUACCUAUUUGGGAGGAGGAAUAUGAGCGCUCUGGUAUCCAUGAGGCAACCAAGCUAGAUGAUCCCAAACGAUCUCGUGCAGAUCGGGUCUUGAGAAGUUUUAUGGACGGGCUUAAUUAUGAUAAGCCACUCCAUGAAUUGUGCUUAGAAACAAGCAAUUUUUUUCCAUCCAAGGUCCACGUUGAUGGGAGUGAAAAUGUAGUCAAGUAUAUGAAGCCGUUUAGUGACAUUUUCACGAAAAUUGAACUCACGGGUUCUCACCAGCAUGACAAAUCUCGUGAUGUUUGUUUGGUGGGUGGGGAAGAGGAAAAUAGAAAUAAAGAAACAUCAUCUUCCCAAAGUCCAAUGCGAGGAGAUUUGCAGAGGCUGGAUACUGAAGCUCUAGGACUUUUAAGCUGGCUUGCAUCUUCUCAAGCUGAAGAAGAAAUGGAUACCGGUGAUGAACUACUUCAUGAAGCCAUCCUUAGUCCUUUAUUGCCCGGAAAAUCAUACACGGCAGCCCUCGAGAUAGCUCAUAGGGAUUAUGAGCAUGCUUCUCAGGUAGAAUGCCAGGACAUCCUUGAUUCAGUUGAAGAUAUUCUGAAGUCUGAGAGGCCCAAGGAAGAGGCUUCAACUUCUUUUCAGGGCCUUAUUCUUGAUUCAGUUGAAUGCAUUCUCAUGUCUGAUGGGUUAAAAGAACAGGCUUUAUCUUCCUCUCGGGACCUUUUGGAUGCUGUUUCGUCUGGUGUUAGUAUUCCUCAAGUUGAUGGGUCCUUUGAUGACAAUUGGAAGACUCCCCAGAAAGGGAAUACUUCUGAGGCAAAUAUGUCUUAUGGGGAGGAUAAGGCUGUCGCUCGAUCUGCAGGAAUGGGCCUAAGGGCUGGUAGUAAAAACAAAGAAAGAAAGCUUUGGGGAAAUUUACCUUUUUCUAUCAGUAAAAAUGAGCAUGAAGCUUCUGAAUCUUUCUGUGUUGCUUCUUCUUCAUGUGAUGAGAUGAUAAAUGAUGGUUCUUACAAUCCUCCAUUUUAUCAUAAAGAAGGUAAUCAAUAUGAUGAUUUCAAAAAUGAAAAUGUUAUAGAAAACAAUAGUGAGAAGAGUGGAAAAACAUCAGGUUUGUGCUCUAUAAGAGAUUUAAUGAGGAAAAAACGAUACCUCCGGGUUGAACAAGUGGAAACAACGGUUCAAAAGAAUGAAGACAUGGCACAUGGUCAAAAGCAAGAACUAACACCACAAUUUCCUGUUGAAGAGCCUUCCAUAGGGCGAUCUGUAACUCAUCAAAAUAUACGGGGAAGUAUAGCAUGUUCUACCAUUGCAUCUUCAAAUUUUCAAGGAAUAGAAUGUUUUGAACAUCAUUCAAGUUUUUGUAAUACAGUCCAGAAGGCAUUUUCUCCUUUAUGCACUGGUAAUGUGCAAUCGAGCACAGCUCCAAGUGAGAUUAUUGGUUUUAAGCAAGGGUUUGGCCUUAAUGAACAAUCGAAAAUUUCUGAAGCAGCACUGAAUAUAGAAGCUGGGGAAUUGUCUGUGCUGGAAACUGUACCAAUGCAAUUACUUGAAUCCUCAGAGGUUAAACCAGUGGGAUCUGUCUCGUAUGUUGAGAGACCUUUAAGUUCACCAAACAUAAGGAAAUGUCAAUCCAACCAUAAUGAGAAUUCUGCUGGAAAUGCUGCUUUGAAAUCUCAUAGACACAAAAACUGGAAUUCUGGAAAUAUUGCAAACAACUAUGCAAUUACCUCAGAAGGUGGCAUUGCUCAGGAGGCGCUCCUUCCUGAAAUGUGCCAUAGAAAUUGUCAGCAGUCAACAUGCCUAUUUGAUGAGAAUAGUAGAGAUUUCUGUAAAGAAAAAAAUUUUCAGGAAUUUAUUGAGAUGGCCUUUAUCAACAGACCCCCAUCUAACAUGCAUAUUUAUGAACCAGAAGAAUCAUUACCUGCAGGACAAGCUAAUGGAAAUAUAGAUAAGAGGCAAGGCAUGGAGAACAUAAUGCCCUUCUUCCCAAGGAUCUCCCAGGAUGUGAAUUUAUAUGAUGAGAAUGUUAUUUUUAGUCAGGAUUUUGCACUUGGUAUUCCAACUCACUUUCAGAAUGAUGGAUCAGUUUUAUAUUUGCUGACUCAUGCUCAGUCGCCACCAACUUUGAACACUGUUUAUGAUUGGCUUUUAGGAGAAAAACAGCGUUGCCUACUAGAAGCAACAGGUGCAUCGAAGGAAGGCUUAGAUUCAUACUAUGAUGGAAUGUUGAAUGAAGGAACUACUUCUUGCCAAAAUUCUCCCUCUCCUUCGGCUUCUGGUUGGUCACAGUAUGACUCAACCCAAUCAAACAAAGAAAAAAGCUUCCCGAAAACUGAAAAUUUUCAUCCUGAUAUUGGCCAUAUUUCUUGUGAGCCAAAAUUGAAUAACAUUCCUGCAAAAGAGAAAGUUGUUAAUGAAGAUUUGCGUGAUCUCUCUCAAAUUUCAGGUCCCGAGAAAUAUGGAAAUUCCAAUCCUACUCCUAUAAGUCAACUUGGUUUCCGGGAUCCGGCUAGUGUUGGUCAUGGACAGCAACUAAAAAUAAUAAGCAUGGAGAUCCUGGCAGAAUCACGGGGUGAUCUUAAGCCUGACCCAAAAUUCGAUGCUAUUAAUAUCUUAUCUCUGGUAGUUCGAGAAGAUACAAGCAACGUGUGUCAAUCUUAUGUCCUUUUACGUGUUAUUGAUGAGAAACUGGGUGAAAAAAAUGGCAAUGGUGUUUCUGUUUGCAACCUUUUUUUUUUCACUGAGGAAAAGCUAUUGCUAGAACACUUUGUUGAGAUUAUUUCUUAUUUUGAUCCAGAUGUUCUUAUGGGAUGGGAAAUUCAAGUUGGCUCCCUUGGUUAUCUUGCUGAACGAGCAUUAUACCUAGGUAUGAACUUACUCAAGAAAUUAUCCCGUACACCAUUUCAUGAAAUAAGGGACAAGUUGGAGGAUUCAGGGAAUUCCAAAUUGUCUGAUGUGCAUCCCGGAGUAAUAAUUACUGAAACUGUUAUUGAAAAUUCAAUAAUUGAGGAUGAGUGGGGUCGUACUCAUGCUAGUGGUUUACAUGUUGGUGGAAGGAUUGUGCUUAAUAUUUGGCGGCUUAUGCGUGCUGAAUUAAAACUCAAUAUGUAUACUGCUGAAGCUGUGGCUGAAGUAGUUUUGAGGCAAAAGAUUCCAUUGUUUUCUCACAGGAAAUUGAACCAAUGGUACUCAAGUGGCAUUGGACGAGCAAGGGAUAAAUGCAUUGGAUAUGUUAUGGAGAGAGCAAUGCUUAAUCAUAAAAUUAUGGAUCAGCUUGAUAUGAUCAAUCGGAUAUCUGAGCUUGCUCGUAUAUUCGGUAUUGAUUUCUUUUCUGUAAUAGCUCGAGGUUCACAAUUUCGUGUUGAGUCUAUGCUCCUCAGGCUGGCACACACCCAAAAUUAUCUUGCCAUUUCACCGGGGUAUCAGCAGGUUGCCUCACAGCCUGCAAUGGAGUGUUUACCUCUUGUCAUGGAACCGGAGUCUGGGUUCUAUGUUGAUCCUGUUGUUGUUUUAGAUUUUCAAUCUCUAUAUCCAUCAAUGAUCAUAGCAUACAACCUCUGCUUUUGUACAUGCUUAGGGAAUGCCAUGUCAUCACGGGAAAAUGUUCUUGGUGUUAGUUCUUAUUCACCGGAUGUGCAGAUUUUGAAGGACUUGAAAGAAAAACUUAUGCUGACUCCAAAUGGGGUUAUGUUUGUUCCACCAGAGGUCCGGAAAGGCGUAUUACCUCGACUCUUGGAGGAAAUAUUAUCUACUAGGAUAAUGGUGAAGCAAGCCAUGAAGAAAUUAAAGUCUUCACAGCUAGUUCUCCACAGGAUACUCAACGCACGCCAACUUGCUUUGAAGUUGAUUUCAAACGUCACUUACGGUUACACAGCUGCUGGCUUUAGUGGUCGCAUGCCAUGUGCUGAAAUUGCUGACAGCAUCGUCCAAUGUGGUCGGAGGACGCUUGAAACUGCAAUAUCUUUUGUGAACCAACAUGAAAAGUGGAAAGCGAAGGUUAUUUAUGGUGAUACUGACAGCAUGUUUGUUCUCCUUAAAGGUCGCUCAAAAGAAGAUGCUUUUAUAAUUGGAAAUGAGAUCGCAUCAGCAAUUACUACAAUGAAUCCAGAGCCAGUCGCAUUGAAACUGGAAAAAGUCUAUCAGCCUUGCUUUCUUCUUACAAAGAAACGUUAUGUUGGUUACAGCUAUGAAAGUCCUGAGCAGGAAAAGCCCACAUUUGAUGCCAAAGGCAUUGAGACUGUACGAAGAGAUACCUGCCCAGCUGUUGCAAAGACCUUAGAGCGUUCAAUAAGAUUAAUUUUUGAAAGUAAUGAUUUAUCAGAGGUGAAAUCAUAUCUGAAGCGUCAAUGGACAAGAAUACUAGCUGGCAAGAUAUCCCUUAAAGAUUUUGUUUUUGCUAAGGAGGUUAGAUUAGGCACAUACAGCAGCAGAUCCUCUUCCGUCCCACCAGCAGCAAUAGUUGCAAAGAAAGCCAUGGAAAUGGAUCCCAGAGCAGAACCACACUAUGGAGAACGAGUUCCUUAUGUAGUUGUUCAUGGAGAACCCGGAUCUCGCCUCAUGGACAUGGUGGUCAAUCCUUAUUAUCUUUUAGAUUUGAAUUCUCCAUACAGAUUAAACGAUCUAUAUUAUAUCAACAAGCAGAUGAUUCCUGCACUGCAAAGGGUGUUUGGUCUCCUUGGAGCUGAUGUUAACAAGUGGUUUUCUGCUAUACCUCGUCCAACCAGACCUGUACUUGCUAAACGACAUACCCUUAUGUCGCAUGCUCAGUCAUUCCAUGAAGAUGAUAGUGAUAAUUCUAUGGUUUCUAAGAAACCAAAUGCCAAAAGAAUGCGGAUAGAUACUUAUUAUUCUUCAAAGCACUGCAUCUUGUGCGGCGACUUGAUUCAAUCAUUGGAGCAUUUCUGUGUAAAGUGCUCACGGAAAAAAGCACUUCUAGCGGCUACUGUGGUUGGAAGAACUUCAAAAAAAGAAAGUGAGAUGCUACACCUGGUUGAGAUUUGCAGGCACUGUGGAGGCGGCGAUUGGAUUGUUGAGAGUGGUGUGAAAUGCAUAUCGCUCUCAUGCGCAGUCUUCUAUGAGAGGAAGAAAGUUCAGAAAGAACUACAAUCUCUUUCUUCUUUCGCUACAGCUUCAGGAUUUUAUCCACCCUGCGAUGCUGAGCUGUUUUAGUCUUCAUUUUGCUGGUCUUUCUAUGAAUAAGUUAAAUGUGUAAUUAUGUUCAAUUUAUUUGUUCGUUUAUGUACCAUAUGAUUAUCAUUACUCUGUUAGGCUUUAUUUGGUAUGACUUUCUUUCUGCUUCUUAGAGCAGCUUUUUAGUACAAAAAUUUUAAUUUUUGUAUUAGGAAGCUGCUUUAAGAAGCAAUAAGAAAAUCGUCCCAAAUGAAGUCUUAUUCGUGCAUCUUUAUGGAUAAGAAGUAUUUACAAGCUCACCAAAAAGAAUCAUUUACUCCAUUGUGUUAUUAUCUUCAAAGAGCUCUUUUGAUAAA